UAACCUCAGUCAACAUUUUUGCAUUUUUUUUAGUAGGGCCGUAUAGUCUCCGUCAGUCGGUAAAUCCUCUGACUAUAUUUGUUGACCUAACUGUGUUUGUUUGAGGAAGCUGAACACGACGAGCUGCAAUACCUUAUUACGAAAUAUACUCUGGAUCUGGAUUUCUCAAAUUAAUAUCAUAAUGAUGAUGGAACCGCUGAUGUCUGUCAUCAUCUUGUUAAGUUUGAAAAGUGUGUUUGGUGUGUCUGUGUCCGUGUCCGUGCUGGAGGGAAAUCCUGUCUGUCUCCACACUAAUGUUACUGAGAUACAGAAACUUUAUCUGAUGUGGUCGUACAGAAGUUCCAUCAUCGCUAAAUUGGAUGGAGCGACUCAGGAAAUCUCACUGUAUGAUGUUGAUGAAGGGAUAUUUGAAGACAGACUGCAGUUGGACAACCGGACUGGAUCUCUCACCAUCAAUGACAUCAGAACCAAACACUCUGGACUUUAUCAACUUAAGAUCAUCAGCAACCAGACAUUAAUAAAAACCUUCACUCUUACUGUACAGGAUGUAUUCUUUGCUGGUCUAGAAAACAAGAGAGAAGGAGAUUCAGUGACUCUUAACACUGGAGUGACGGAAAUGAAGAAACACAAUCUAAUGGUGUGGAUGUUUGGACCUUUAAAUCCAGACGUUCAUCUUGCAGAAAUCAAAAUAAACACUUAUAACAUCACGUAUGGUUUUGAUGAGAGAUACACAAACAGAGUUCAUCUGAAUCAUGACUCUGGAUCUCUGACCAUCAGAGAUCUCAAACCUACAGACACAGGAGUUUAUCAACUACAAAUCUCCAACAACAAAGAGACCAUAUACAGGAGAUUCAACGUGUUUGUUGGCGACGCAGAACCGGGACUCUCCUCUGGGUUCAUAGUUCUGAUUUGUGCUGCUGUUCUGCUGCCUGUGCUGGGAAUUCUGGGUGUGGUUUACUUUCGUCACAAAUACUCAAAUCUCAAAGAUGAAAUGAAGACCGUGUCAGUGAUGGCGGGAAAUUCUGCCCUGCUAAAGACUGGAAUCUCUGAAAUGCAAAGAGAUCACAAGAUAGUCUGGAGGUUUGGAGCCAAAGGUUCCAUCAUUGUUCAGUUCCAGAAGAAGACUGAUAAUAUUACAUAUGGUGAUGAUGAGAGAUUCAGAAAAAAAAUCUAUCUGGACAGUCAAACUGGAGAUCUCACCAUCAAUGACAUCAAAAUCAGAAUCUCUGGAGAUUAUCAUCUGGAGAUCACCAACAGAACUAAAAUCUCCAAAUCUAAGAGAUUCAAGGUUGUGGUUCGAGUGGACACACUGAAGGUCAAAGAAGGAGAGACUGUCGAACUACAGAGCGGCAUUUCUCAACUACAGAGCGAUGAGAAGAUCCAGUGGAGAUGUGGACCUAAAGAUGUCGUCAUAGCGGAACUAGAUGGAAAGACCAAAGAAAAGUCAUUCAACACUAAUGAUAAGCAAUACAGACAGAGACUUCAUCUGAACCAUCAGACCGGAACUCUCACCAUCAAAAACAUUAAAAACACAGACGCUGGAGGAUACGAGCUACACAUCAAGAGCAAAAACACAACAUCAUACAAGAAAUUCAACGUUCUCAUCUGGUUUCAUACAUUAAAGCACACGGCGGGUGAUUCUGUCAAUCUUCCCACGGGUAUCUGUGAGUUAAAGGAAGAUGAUCGGAUUCUGUGGACGUUUGGAGAUAAAAACACCACCAUCGCCGAAAUCAACGGAGACGGCAGUCACGUGUCGGUGUAUGACGGUAAUGACGAGAGAUUCAGAGACCGACUGAAACUGAACAAACACAAUGGAGAUCUGACCAUCACAAACAUCAGCAGAGGACAUUCAGACGUCUACAAUCUACAGAUCACAACAAGCGCAGACAACACGUGCAAGAGAUUUAUGCUCAUCGCAAACGAGAAACUGGAGUUAGUGAUGGAGGGAGAUUCAGUCACACUACAACCUGAUGAUGAUGAUGAUGCUGACAUACAGAGAGAUCAUGUGAUGAUGCUGUGGAUGUUUGGACCGGAUGAUAAUCUCAUAGCUAAAUCUGACAAAAAACAGAAGAUUCUUUAUGAUGGUGCUGACGGGAGAUUUAAAGAGAAACUACAUCUGAACGAGAGCGGAUCUCUCACCAUCACAAACAUCAACACUAAACACGCUGGACUUUAUAAACUACAGAUCAUCAGCAACACUCACACCAAAUACAAGAGAUUCAGAGUUUCUCUUCCUGGUAAUAAAGAGAGAGUCAGAAGUCAAGACUUCACGGGGAUGGAGUCCGAAGGGAUUCCUUUACUUCCACUACAAACAUCACAACUGUAGAAUGUUGUCUAUUGCAAUGCCAACACAGCUUGAAAUCAAGCCCUACUUGAUGUUUUCUGAACAUUUAAGGCUCUGUUCACGCUGUUAUUUCAGUGCACAGUCAUUUGUUCAAACGGUAAAAUGUGAAAAGCUUUGUAUUAAUAUUUGACAACAUAAACCUCUUGUUAUAAUCUGUGAAGUGAAUAAUUUUAAAUGAUAUGAAUGUGAUGAUUUGAUUGAUUGAAUGAAUGAAAUAAUGUGGAUGUAUUUUUGCUGGAAAGGGACUUUUUAUUACUAAUAUUGACAGAAUAUUGUUUGUACAAUGUAUAUUUCCAGUAUAUUGUUAUUUGUUACUACAUGUUUUAUAUUGAAGAUCACUGAAUUUAGAAUUGAACGCGAUCUGACAAACUAUGAAAGCAUUAUAAGGGAGAUGUCUACACUCUAUCGAGACAUGACAUAAUUAUAUACUUUAUAAAUAUAUAUUAUAAACAUAAUUUGCACAGUAUUGACAUAUUGCACAAUAAUACUGAAUAUUAUAUUCACAAAUGUAUAAUAUAUAUAUACACUACUCAAAAUAAAGAUGGUGCUCAG